AUGCUUCGAUGGAUUUCGGGAUACCCUGCUGUUGUGGACGUCUUUUGGAAUAAAUCCUCCGAAGACUUGAGUUUUAAAUGCGUUGUGGCAUCAGCCGAUGGUCUAUGGGACUCACGGGUGUGCACUGAACCUCAUCCCUUUCUAUGCAGCUCAGAAGUGAAGGAUUCCACGGAAUCUGUUCGUUUUCUGCCGCAUUUUAAGUAUGAAUGUCCACGUAACUUCCAUCUUGUGGGUCGCCGUUGCCUUCGCUUCUUUUUCGAUGAGAUGGCAACUCGGGCUGAAGCGGAAUCCACGUGUACAGGCCUCGGCGCCUACCUCCCCACUAUUCGAUCAUUCCGUGAGAAUGACCUUCUCGUGGCCAUGUUGGCCGACCAUCCUUCAACUUUCUGGCUUGGUCUGAGCUAUGGGGCUAACGGCCAUUGGUGGGCAAAUUCGGGUGAGACAGAAGUAGCUUUCACCAACUGGAUGGCGGGUGAACCCAGUGGAGACAUCUCGAACAACUGCACCGUAAUCCACACGGACUUGUACUUUUUGGGCAAAUGGAGUGAGGUCAACUGCUUGUCCACGGCCCAUUUCGUGUGUGAAGCUGAGCCCAAGCUGGUGCCUGCUCAUGCCGACAGUCAUCUCCAUGGAGGCCUCUUCGUGCAGGGUCGUUGUUCCAGCGGUUUCUAUGAGUAUCGCAGCGCCUGCUAUAUGAUUAUUGAUCUGCCUCCUGAGGUCACACGGACUUCCAGCCUGAGCUCAGAUUCUGUCACUAUGGCAUGUCAGAAUACGGUGUUGGAUGUAGACUGUAGCCCUUCAAAUGUUGGCGGUGUUCUCUGCCCCAUGGUCGCGUCACCGCGCGAUCAAUUCGAUGCAGCAUUCUUACGUUCCCUCGUUGACAAGUUCGCCCACCCUCCCAAUGCGGCGUGGGUCGGCCUCAAGGCCGAUCGAAGCCACGUUUAUUCGGACAUACCGAAAUUUUUGGAAUCGACGAACCUUCUUAAUUACAGUAUCCUGAAUGCCCUCAGCAAUUCGAUCGUCUGCUUUUCCUUGCACGCGGAUAAGAUGCUCCUCUCCAAUAACCCUUGUGACUCCCACUUGGCUGCUCUGUGUGGCUAUGAGCUGGACGCACGUCCACUUCUACCUUCCUGGCCACAAAUUCCCGAUGUUAAACCCGAAGUGCUGAAGUGUCCGGGUGAUGCUUGGAAGCUCUUCGACACAAACUGUUACCGUCUGGAAGGCGCUGGCAAUGAAGGUCGGAGUUGGCACGAUGCAGAGCUGGCCUGCAUUCAAUUUGGUGGACAUUUGACCUCAAUCGCCUCCAUGACUGAAGACAACUUCGUGCGCUCCCUUCUCCCCACCACGCAGCCUCUCAAACCCUGGAUCGGUCUGAAAGUGCUCAUCGAUGCAGGUGAGGACGGAAGUACGGUGGUUAAGUGGUCGGAUGACAGUCCGGUUAACCAUUUACCGCUCUACGUGGACGGACACGGCGAGGGAGACGAGGAGUGCUUUCAACUGGGCAGUGUGCAAGGUAAGCAGUUUUGGACACGGGCCAAUGGAUGCGAGGAACUCGCGCCCUUUGUUUGCAAGACGCCUGCUUUCCCCAUCUCCGUGGAGUGGAAACCUCAGGGAUCGGAUCACUGCUUACCCGGCAGCCAUCCCCAGUUCUGCUUCAGCGUGAACCACACAGCAGUCAAGUUUGCCGAUGCUGUCUCGUUCUGCCAGGCCGCUGGAAAACACGUGGCCACCAUUUUGGACGACAGCCAACAGGACUUUGUCCUCCGUGCUCUGCGACAACUUGCUUCCCUUGAACUGGGACGCAACACCAUCCAGAGAUAUUGGAUUGGUCUACUUCGAUCCCGUGGAACACUCCACUGGGUUUCAGGCUACCCUGCUGUGCCAAAUGUCUACUGGAAGAGGGGCGCCGAGGAUUCCAAAGAAAUUUGCGUCUACGUGGAUGUUGAUCUUGGUAACAUGUUGAGUUGGGGAACUGCAAAUUGUGAAGAAGUGAACCCAUUUUUGUGUUCAAACACGCCUCCUCUACCACCACUUUUACCGUCCCCGAAACGUCCCCCCAUCGUUCCGUUGAAAACUUCGUGUCCUUUGGGCUUUCUCUAUGUCAAUGGCAAGUGCUACAAGGUGGAAGGCGAUAGUCGGAAUAACUUCACAUUCGCCGAGGCGAUUGCUAAGUGUUCACGCAGUGGGGGUCAUCUUGCCACCAUUUCGUCGAUGUAUGAGCAAGACAUUAUCUCCGUUCUGUUGGCCGAGCGCAGUUUUCCCUUCUGGAUUGGUUUGAACACCACUACAGAGGGUCGCAAAUGGGCGAAUGGAGCCUCAAUUACUUACACCAAUUGGAUGGAGGAGUAUCCAAAGUGGUUAAACCCGCGAAACCCCUUGUGUACGUAUGUACAUAAUCAACCAACCCGUACUGAUGGUCAAUGGGCAGAGACUGCUUGUAACACAAAAAUGGGUUUCAUCUGCGAAACAAGACCCACAGAGGUGCAGAUGCAACAAAUGUUCACUCCACGCCUCUUCAGUCAGGAUGACUGUGCCUCAGGUUUCCUGCACUACCGAGGUGCCUGCUACAUGCUCCUCCGUCCCUCCUCCUCCCUUCCUGGUCGAAGUGCCAGCCAACUCUACGACGACGUCAGCGCCGCCUGUGCGGCUACCUCCCCCAUCCCCUUGGACUGUGAAAAGGCGCGCGGUCUCGCUGGUUGUCCGGUCACCAUAACACCUCACUCUCACACCGAGGCAGCUUUCAUGCGCCUCCUUAUCGGCGAAGUCGCAGAUGGCAACUACGUGACUGAGGUCUGGACGGGCCUUAAAAUCCUCUCCAACAGCAGUCUUGACAUCACUCAAACCGAGGACCGAGUACCGCUGGGCUCGCUUGACAUUGAUUUCGGUCAUCUGAACAAUGCUGCUGGCGCCGGUUACACCUGCUUCUCUCUUCGCAGGGAUCACACGUUUUUGAGCUCUCGACAUUGCUCCCUCCCUGCACCGGCUAUUUGCGGCUACUAUCAUGAUACGCACCCUCUGCACCCCCAUCUAACCAAUGCGGAUGACUUUGCCUGUCCGACUGUCACUGAACGCGUGGGAAGGAGCUGUUUCUACCGUGUGGACCCGACCAUGAAGAUGAGUUGGGUCGAGGCGGAGGAGUACUGUAUGAUCGCUGGCCACGAAAUGAAUGCGGCUGCGGAUGGGAGCGUUGUUGGCCAUCUUCCUUCUGUUCAUGACCCAUUCACACUUCGCUUUAUUGGACAACUGAAUGGCAAUGGACUCGUCUGGCUUGGACUCACUUCAACGCGCUUAGCCAGGUUUGUCGGUGUAGCUGAGAAUUUCCAUGACGAUCUUCUUUACUUUGAGACAGAAAUUGUUCAAGAGGAGACCCCGUUGGAUCAGCCAUGGCUUCUGAGCGUGGACAAUGCUGAGGAGCGUCUCCGUAACGUUGGCACCGGUCAAGCAGAGGAGCUACAAGGCAGCACCAAUGGUUCGUGGAUUGACUCCCAGUUCCAAUGGUCUGACGGCAGUCCUGUUGACUAUCUCGUUUUCGAUCCUACUACCAAAAAGAAUUACAAUCGGGCAGCGUUAAUAGGAAACCUGAAGACCUGCGUUGCUCUGGAUCCCCAAUCCGGUUACUGGGUGAAGGUUGACUGUUUUAAACGUCUCGCGUUUACCUGCCAAUUCCCCAUCGAAGCCUUCCCCAAAACCCACCUUGUUAGCGGUAGCAAAUAUCUUCCCGCCGUGAAGCAGUGCCCUAGUAGCUUCAAAAUCGAAACGGAGAAUGCCUGCUACGUAGUUGUUAAAACACAACUUUCUGCAAAGAAAGCGCUCGCCUUCUGUGGCACUCUUCAUCCUUAUGCUAGUCUCGCCUCACUCCACUCGGAGAAGGAGGAACGUGAUCUUUUAGCACGGCUGGUUGACCAGCAUCUGGAGAAGGCAUAUUGGUUUGGGCUAUCACAGUCGGAUCUACAGUACGCCUGGGCUGAUUCCAGUGUCGUGGAUCACAUUUCCAAAACUGGGGUGACCGUGGAAUCUUCGCACUUUUGGCAUUUUCAGGACUGCUUUACUUUCAAUCCGCUACGCAAUGGCCCCAAUGCAUCUUUGACCGCGGCGUGGUACGAGACGAACUGUUCCGCAGAGCGACCCUUCAUAUGUCAGGUCUAUCGCGGUGUCCACGGCCCACCCUCUUUGGAACCGGCUCAUCCCCCUCGUUCCGACUUGCCGCCUUUACAGUGCCCCCAGGGCUACAGGCAGCACGAGGAUCGGUGUUUCAGGUUCUUCCCAACACUUUUGUCAUUCGACGAUGCCGAGGGCGUCUGUAGAAAGGCGGUGGAGGGCACGGGUUUCAUGGGUUUCCUUGCCAGGAUCUCAAAUUCUCGCGAGCAGGACUUCGUGGCAGGUCUUUUUGCUGCUGAGGCGCCACGACAGCCAAGCAUGGCAUGGAUUGGAUUGCGACAGGGUGAAAAACGGUGGACUGAUGGCACGGAGGUGACCUUUUUCCGAGGGAGUCUCGACUUCCCUGUUCCCGUGCCUCGCGAUGAGGAGUCCAUGUGCACACUGUUGCUCUAUUCUUCCAACGUUCACUUUUACGGCCUCUGGUCACGUUCGGUGUGUUCCAUCAGCGAUCAGAUGUACUUCGUCUGCCAAGCUGUCCCCAUCUCUCCUACUGCCGUCACCGUAGACAACACAGCCAAGGCGAAUACCAUGGAGUCGACGGCUCUAACCUGUGCCGACGGGUACACCUUGGGCUUCUUCAACCGUACUGCACUGGCGCUUGGUGAAUCUCUGUCGCCACCGCACUGCCUACAACUUGUCAGCACGACACCGAUGACGUGGCAGGAUGCGAGGAGCCUGUGCAAGGAACAGUCAGCUAGCCUGCCCUCGAUUGACACGCUGGCGGAUCUGAGUUUCUUCCGAGCCUGGCUGCAAACACCGCGCUCUCUCGGUGGUGCUGGUUUCCCCUCUAACGCAGCUGUUUGGCUCGAUCUCCGUGUACCCGCCUGCCCGCAGUGCUACUCGAAUUGGCGUUGGCACGCAGGCGAGUGGGAUGAGUCGCCAGUACGAUUGACGGAUUGGUUCAACGCGCCACCCGAUCCGUCCGGAUGCUACCUUUUCGGUGUUGCACCACCUGCACGCAAUUCCACUAUCGCCUCCCACCUUCGUUCCAUUCGACCGGCGAUCUCCUGCACCAACAUCAGCCUCCCCGUGGUAUGUCAAAGGAACUUGCGCCUGCCCUCCAAUAGCAUCGGGUUCGCUGUGAAUCGGUGUGUGCGAAACCCCACUCCGGAGCUCUCUAACGUUACCGCCUUCCACACAAACCACAGCGUCGCCAUAUCCGGUCGCGCUUGCAUCAGAUGGGAUUUGGUACAACACGACUUCAAUCGCUCGGAUGCGGUACUACCGCGAAACUGGCGCAUCUUCACCGCAGAGAUCGCGUAUAGCGAGCACGCGAGCCCCUUCUGGGAGGAACACUGCGCUCACCUAGCCAUACAAGAUGCUGCAGGCAAGACGAUCUACCGCUACGCUUGCUACACCUCCACGGAUCCCGAUAGCGGUCUAGAGGACUGUGACAUGGACAGCUGCGUGACUAGUCUCAUCCCCCUCGGUUGGAUAAUUUUCAUCGCUCUGACCUGUCUUGCUCUGAGUGUGGGCAUUACUUUGUGCGUGGUUCGAGUUUGGAAUCGGCAACGCUUCUUCCUUCCCCGUGGUCGGUGGCUCUCUCCCAUUAAAAUGACGGCAAGUAGCUCCGUUUUUGGAGGUGCAGUGGCCGUUCAUCGACAGCAAUUUCAACAACACGGAGUCCUCUACAGCAACGGGGAUGGCGAUCCUGCCGCCCCUUAUGUACGAAUGUUCGAUAACCCUGCUUCCCUCCCUCCGCUGCACUCACUUGUGCCUUCGCUGACCUUCAAACACAAUGUCUACCGACCACUGCAUGAUCAGAACCCCCUACUACUGGACGAGCCCGACAACGCGGAUGAGUUCACGGGGCCUGUAUGA